AUGUUGCCUAUUUGGACGGGCUUUGAUCCGCUUGGUUCUAUAUUAGCGUGCUUCAGAGCCGGAAGUAGUGUGAGUGCCAGUGAAAUACGUGAAAUACGUGAAAGAGAGAAAAGAGAGAUGCGUGGUCUCAACGACCGAUUAGCUGCAUACAUUGAACAAGUUCGAUUCCUAGAAGCGCAAAACCGUAAGCUUAACCAUGAUCUGGAAAGACUAACGAAAGGCAAGCACGCGCCUGGAAUUCGUUCUAUGUACGAAACCGAGAUUAAGCAAUCGCAAGCGAUAAUAGCGGAUGCGAAGAAGGAUUAUGGCAAUUUAGAGAAAGAAGUUCGUGGACUUAGUGCAGAUCUCACCGAUAUUCGUUCUAGUUCGGACCUUGCAGCUCAACGUCAGGUCUACACUGUUAUGUCAUUGUUACAUUGGCAAAAGUCCUUGUAUUUUUUCUUCUUUUUAUGUUUAUCGAGUUGUUUACAGCUACUUGAAAGGGAGACGCUUCAACGUAUGAACUAUGAGCAUCAAGCACAAGCUCUCAUUGAAGAGUGCAAGAUCAUCGCCAGUAGCAACAGUGUUAAGCUGGACAAGUACAAAUAUCAAGACACAACCGAAGAAAAUCGCGCCAUAUUCAGACAAGGUUUAUCGGAAGCCAUUGCAGAAAUUCGUAAACUCUACGAUGAGGUGGAGAGAGUUGAUACCUCAAAAUUCCGAAGUGAAAUGGAAUCCUGGUACAGUAAGCAAGUGAUUGAAAUUCGUACAAGUGCUCGUCAUGCAGCUGACGCUAGUAUUACUAAGGAGAAGGUUAAGGCACUUCGAGCUCAACUAACCGAGAUGCGAACCAAUUUGGCAAAUCUGGAAGGACGCAAUCAUAUCCUCGAAAAGCUGAUUCAAGACCUUAACUUCCAAAUCGAAGAUGAAAGUCGUGUGACGAUGGCACAUCUGAGUGAGAAAGACGAUGAAAUUCGAGCCGUACGCUCUCAGUGUCAAGCUAUAACCCUGGAACUCGAAAAACUUAUUGUUGAGAAAGUUAAACUAGAUGCUGAGAUCAGUAAAUAUCGUCAACUUCUGGAAGGAGAAGAGAAUAGAACACAUGGUCGAAUUAUCUCCACCGCUAGCCACUCAUUCGACACAUCACCACCGUUGUUUACUGAAACUGUCGGAUCUUAUAUCAUGCUUCAGGAUGUCGCUUCUGAUGGUUCAUUCAUUGCCGUUGAGAACACAUCAAUAUCUCAUGAUGAGAAAAUCGGGGAAUGGAAACUACGCAGUACGAGCGCUGGUCGUGACAUCUCAUUCAUAUUCCCUAGAGAUUUCGUACUCACGCCGAAAUCAAAAGUGACGUACCUCUACAUUACGAUAAAGGUGUACGCUCGCGCAAAAGGUUUGCAUGCACCACCACACUCACUGGUCUUUGAAGCCGAAGAAUCGUUUGCUACCGGUGGUGACGUUCACGUUUACCUCUAUAACGAAGAAAAUCAGGAACGUGCGUCCUUUAUUCAACGCUGA